GAUCGCGUGACAGCCAGUGGAAAGAUAAAGACAGAAAGUGGUGCAGAAGUGAAGGCCAAUAAAACUGGAAUAUACAAGAAGUGGAUAGAACAGAUGCACAAGAAGGUAAUUUUUAUACUCGAGUGCAUCUUAUUUUGUAAACAAGAAGUGGAUAGAACAGAUGCACAAGAAGGUAAAGCACUUCAGAAGAAAGUUCAUCAGUAUCAUUUUGCCCAUUGGAAGGUACUUCUGAUUUUCGGGAAGGUAUUAGGAGAAGCCUACCAAGUUUUGAGUGAUCCAGCACAAAGAGAUGUUUACGACCGCAAUGGAAAGAACAGUAUAUCUAAUUUAACUAGAAAGCUAAAAAAGAGGUGGAUUGGUUCUUUAGAUUGCCAGUUUCAGUUCUGGGAUUCAAUGCUUGAUCCAACUGCAGUUUUCGCCCUUCUUUUCGGGAGCGAACUUUUUGAGGACUAUAUCGGUCAUUUAGCUGUAGCAUCUAUGGCGUCUAAUGAAUUAUGCGAAAAUGAUAAUUCUGAUAAAGUCCAUGACAGGCUCAAGGUAGUUCAAAGGGAGAGAGAAGAAAAACUUGCUAGGAAACUUAAAGAGUUACUUCACCGUUAUGUCCGUGGGGACAGAGAAGGCUUCUUAAGACAAGCUGAAUCCGAAGCUGAACGACUUUCACGGGCAGCCUUUGGAGCCGAAAUGUUGCACACAAUUGGAUACAUAUACACAAGACAGGCGGCACUACAGCUCGGGAAAAAGGUCAUGUAUCUUGGAGUCCCAUUUCUAGCCGAGUGGGUACGAAAUAAAGGGCAUUUUUGGAAAUCGCAACUCACUGCAGCAAAAGGUGCUUUUCAGCUGCUCCAGCUUCAGGACGAUGUUAAACGUCAGUUCAAAAUGGAGGGUAGUGGAUUGGAUAAUGAAUUGGAGUCUCACCUAAGGCUAAACAAGGACACACUCAUGAACUCACUUUGGAAAUUGAAUGUGGUGGACAUUGAAGUUACUCUAUUACAUGUGUGCCAAAUGGUUCUACAAGAAAGCUAUGUUAGGAAGGAAGAACUGAAAAAACGCGCAGUGGCCUUGAAAAUCUUGGGAAAAGUCUUUCAGAAUCAGAAAAACACGCAAAAUGUUGGGACAUCAAAAAGGGUCAAUGCAGACGACAGCAGUUCAGAAAGUUCUGAUGAAGAAGAUGACUCGCCAAGAUCCCUAAACUACAAAACUCCAUUACUUACACAGGGCAUUGGGAGACUCUUCAGGUGCCUCUGCAACCCGGCAUUUGACGUUGAUGAUGACGAGAUUGUGUACAGAGGAAGAUGAGUAAAAUGAACCAUUUAUAUACUGCAAAACCUCAUUCAUGAACCUCAGAUUACUGCUGUUUUUUUUUCCCUGAUAUGUCCAAAGAGAUUAAUAUUUGUGUGUAAUAGAAAAAAAGUUUCUGAAACCUGCUGUACAAGAAACAGAGGAAUGUUCCACUUUUGUUGGAUGAUUUUACUUUCUUUCAGUUCAAAACUUCUU